AUGCUCCGUUCCUUCUUCGCGACGCAGCCCCGCUCCACGUCCAAGCUCAUUCUAUGGUCCAACGGUGACCUGCUCCCGAACCCCAUACUCUCGAACUUCCUGUCGCGAUACCCCGAGUCGUUUGAGCUACGUGUGGUGGAUAUCCCGGAGCUGGCCAAGGGCACGGCUUUGGAGGGGACGAGCUACGUAAAUGGGGCUGGCGUGAAUGAUAAAAAGGCUUGGAUAGACGGUGACUUGAUCCGUCUGCUCGUGGUGUGGAACGAGGGCGGAAUAUGGGUUGACAUGGAUAUGCUUUUAACGAGGAGCCUCGAUCCCCUUUGGGAGCACGAGUUUGUUACGCAGUGGGAUUGUUACGACAAGCCCCUCCAGCCAUUCAACGGUGCUUUACUGUCCUUCCAUAAGCACUCACCCUAUCUAUGUCUCAUGUUCGAGAUAAUGAAGCUAUCCCCUGCACCGAGACCUGCGUCCACGGACUGGGGUUCACUGCUUUACCUGAAGACGUACCGGACCCUCCUUCACCUCUCCAUCCCACCUUUCCGCAUCCUCCCCUGGUGUUUCAUUGAUGGCGGGUCGUGCAGAUUGGACAAUCGCCUACCAGACCCGUUCGUGCUCGAUCGAGAUGGCCGCACGGACCCUGCGCGUAGGUGGUCGACCGAGUCUGGCGGGGACCUCGAUAAAGUGCUCGGCAUGGUGUUUGGCGUGCACCUGCAUAACCGGUGGGAAAAGGAGUUCCCCAGGGACGGGUGGGUGGACAGGUUGAUCCUGAAAAAGUUUGAUCGGGUGCUGGGGAGGAGAGACUCAGGGAGGGAGGAGUUAUGA